AUGUUCGUGAUUAUUAUCCUGGUCACUAUUGCUACUAUCUAUUUAAAAAUCAUUCGCCCCGAAAAAUAUAUCUAUGAUAUAUUCCGUGCACAAGGAAUCAAUGGUGAAUCAUUUGUACCAUUGAUUGGUCAACUUCUUGAAAUGCGUCGAUAUCGACAAGCUGAUACAUCUAUAGCUUUUUAUGAAAGUUUAGCACGAAAACAUGGAAAUAUAUUUUUAUUUGGUUUUGGUCCAUUAACACGUCUUGUCGUUACUGAACCUGAUUUACUUGCCGAUAUAUUUAGUCGAACUAAUGUACAAAAUUAUAUUAAAACACCCAUACUUAGUACUGUCGUUAGUCCAGUUAUUGGUAAACAAAAUUUAUUAGUAGCUGAAGGCAAUGAACAUGAACGAGCACGACGAAUGAUUAAUCCUGCUUUUUAUCAUACGAAUCUUAAAUCCAUGAUUUCAAUCAUGACCAAUCAAACUGCUAAAACUAUUCAAAGACUUUUUCAAACAUCAACUUUAGAUCAACAAGAACAAGUAUUAAUUGAUCUACAAAAUCAAUUUAAUGCACUUACAUUAUCUAUUAUAGCAUCAACUGCAUUUGGUUCAGGUUUUGAAACAAUUACAAAUGCUCAAAAGAUUAUUAAUCAAACAUUGAGUGAAGUACUUGAAGCUACUCUUUAUCGUUUAUCACAUUUGGUUAGUCAAAUACCCUUUAUAUCAAAACUUCCUUUUUGUAAGAAAAAUAUUGUUGAUAAUGGAGGUCGAAUAAUAGCCGAGUUUGUUGAUAAAAUAAUUGCUGAUCGACGACAAGGACAUUCAAGUAGUCUCUCUAAUGGUCCUGAUCUUCUUGAUUUACUUCUUUCAGCUGUUGAUAAUGAAGGAAAACCAUUUACUGAUCAAGAAAUCAGGGAACAAGCUCUUACGUUCGUCGUUGCCGGUAGUGAAACUACAGCUUCUCUUAUGACAUGGAUAUUUUAUAUAUUAUUCACUCAUCGUGAUGUCUUUGAAGCUUGUCGAGAGGAAGUCGAUAGAGUUUUACCCAAUGGUAUAGAACCUACAAAUGAAAAUCUUGCAGAAUUAGUCAUAUGUGAAGGUAUAAUAAAUGAAACACUUCGUCUUUAUCCAUCGAUACCAGCUUUCGCGCGUUGUUGCAUACGAGAGCAUACCAUUGGCAGUGAACGUAAAUUACAUAUACCUGUGGGAGCAACUAUAAUGAUAAAUAGCUAUAUUCUUCAACGUCGAAGUGAUUUAUGGCCUCGACCAGAAGAGUUUGAUUAUACACGUUGGAUGCGUGAUCCUAAAACAGGUUUGAAACCAAAAUUACCUCAUCCAUUUGCUUAUCUUCCAUUUGCUAUGGGCUCACGUAACUGUAUUGGACAAAAUUUUGCUUUAUUGGAAGCAAAAAUUAUCUUAGCUAUGCUUGUCCAACAAUGUAAUUUUGAAAUGGUACCAGGGCAAAAAAUAGUACCGGAUUUUAUAAUUACAAUGCGAACAAAAUAUGGUCUCUUAGCAAAAAUUAGUAGACGACAAAUAAAUAUGAGCUCAUAA